UCUAAUGAAAGUGCAAGGUCAACACCGAUUAAUAUCUCCCAGUUGUCGAUUGCCAAUUCCCUAGCAGCACUUCCUUACUACACCAAAAGGGUCCCACUUGCUUCAAGUCUUCGCCUCCACUUCUCAUCUGCAGAUCUGAAUGAGACCCAGUCCUGAACUCGGUUUGGAGAGCUCAAAAACCCCAUAAAUCUUUCUGGGUCUGUUGCAUCUUUGCAGAAUCAGGGAAAGGGGAGAUAGGAUUGAUGGGUGCCCAAGAAAAUGGGAGCGCCCAGAUGGGUUUGGGAAGCAAGAACAAAUACAAGAGGAUGAACUCUGAGCUCCGGGAAGAUGGGGGUUACGAUGACGAUGGUGAUCUUCAGCAGGAAAGCAGAAGCAGCACUAGGAAAUAUGUGAUUGCUUGUGCAGUUUUUGCCUCUCUAAAUUCCGUGCUUCUGGGCUAUGAUGUGGGUGUUAUGAGUGGAGCAAUCCUAUUCAUUCAAGAAGAUCUGAAGAUAACAGAUGUGCAAGAAGAAGUGCUUGUUGGUUGUUUGAGUGUCAUUUCCCUUCUGGGUAGUUUAGCUGGUGGAAGAACUUCGGACGCCAUUGGCAGAAAAUGGACGAUGGGAUUAGCCGCAAUUGUCUUCCAAACCGGCGCAGCUAUAAUGACACUUGCUCCUUCAUUUCGAGUGCUGAUGAUAGGAAGACUCUUGGCUGGGGUUGGUAUUGGUUUCGGAGUUAUGAUAGCCCCCAUCUAUAUAGCCGAGAUAUCACCAACUAUUGCCAGAGGCUCGCUCACCUCAUUCCCGGAGAUUUUCAUAAAUCUUGGGAUUCUACUUGGCUAUGUCUCUAACUACGCAUUUUCAGGCUUUCCAGCUCAUACAAAUUGGAGGAUAAUGCUCGCUGUAGGAAUUCUGCCCUCAGUCUUCAUCGCACUUGCUCUGUUCAUCAUCCCCGAGUCACCAAGGUGGCUGGUCAUGCAGAACCGGGUUGAUGAAGCAAGAGCAGUGUUACUUAAAACGAACGAUAACGAGGCAGAGGUGGAGGAGAGACUCGCCGAAAUACAGUUAGCAGCUGGAAACACCAACGGCGAGAAGCACGAAGAAAAACCCGUGUGGCGUGAACUUCUGAGCCCUUCUCCAUCGCUUCGUCGAAUGCUGAUCACCGGCUUUGGAAUCCAGUGUUUCCAGCAGAUCACCGGAAUUGAUGCAACCGUGUACUACAGCCCUACAAUCUUCAAAGAAGCCGGCAUUGAAGGUAACACAAAGCUUCUUGCAGCCACUGUUGCAGUCGGCGUUUCAAAGACCGCAUUUAUAUUGGUUGCCAUUUGCCUCAUCGACAAACUCGGAAGAAAGCCACUGCUGUAUGUGAGCACAAUUGGCAUGACCAUCUGUUUGUUUAGCGUAGGCCUUACUCUAGCCUUGCUAAAGGAUGGGCCUCUAAGCAUUGGCUUGGCAAUACUCUCAGUCUGUGGAAAUGUUGCCUUCUUCUCUGUGGGAAUUGGCCCUGUUUGCUGGGUUUUGACAUCUGAAAUAUUCCCGCUGCGGGUGCGUGCGCAGGCAGCCGCACUUGGAGCAGUGGGGAAUCGCGUCUGCAGUGGCCUCAUCUCGAUGUCCUUCCUCUCGGUUACCCGGGCAAUCUCGGUGUCCGGAACCUUCUUCAUCUUUUCAGCCAUUUCAGCCCUUUCUAUCGCCUUUGUUUACACGUGUGUUCCAGAAACAAAAGGGAAGUCUCUGGAGCAGAUUGAGUUGAUGUUUCAGGGUGAACAUGAGCUGCCGGGAAGUGAAUUGGAGCUUGGAGAUGUUGAGCAUCUAGUGCAGAAAGAGUGAUUACUGCUGCUCUUCUGGUUUUGUUUCCGACCCGAUUCGAUCGGGAAACCCUUGCAGCUACCAUAUUACUCUGAUAGUACUAGGACACAAUGCCAAUGUUGUGUAGAAAACAUGAUGGGAAGAAGCUGCAGUUUGGCCUGCCGAAAGCUUGCUCUUGCCUGGACAUGGAGGAAUGGGUUCAGUUGUAUUGCUAGUAACUAGUAAUAGUAUUCUUUGCUUGGUUUUCUUAGUCAAAGAAAAAUCUAUUCCUGUGAGACAAUAAGGCUGAUUCAGAUUAUUGGCUAUUCACGUAAUAUUAAUUAAAUAAUAUUCAUUAUUUUCUCA